ACGAUUUUCUGCAACAACAUUGUUGGCCGGUGCCAAAAUUGAGCUUCUAAGAGAAUGUUUAGUUUUAGUCUUUUAAUUCUAUUCGGGUUCAAGUAUCCUGUCUGGCAAUACCCGGACGCAGCGUAGACUAUUUUGGCGCAUGAAAACUGCAAGGUGAUAGUUGUCAAUUACCGCUUAAGUUGAAUUUCGGGACGCGCUUCUUUUUCCUUUCGUUUGUAAGAAAAUAUGGAUGUAUGGGGAACUCUGGAUAUCGCGACCGCUAUCGUGAGGGAUGAUCUCAACAGCAGCUUUAGGAAAACUAAGAAAACGACCAUUGAAAAGCUACCGGAUAAAGUACUCCUCAAUAUCUUCAGCUAUUUAAGCCACAGGGAAAUAUGUCGCAUGGCUCGCGUUUGCAAAAAGUGGCGAAUAAUCGCUUACGACACGAAACUCUGGAGGCACGUCUCCCUACGCCCCGAAAUAUCCGGGCUGCACGUAGGUUCCUUGGAAUUUCUUCUGGCUCUCAUCAGUAUUCGCUUCGGACCGUCCUUAAGAUACAUCGAGCUACCAAUCGAAUUAAUCACUCACACUGUCCUCCACGAGCUAGCAAAUAAAUGUCCAAACUUGACUCAUAUGCUACUGGAUUUCUCCACGGCAAUGCAGCUGCACGACUUCAGCGAACUUCAAGGAUUUCCCACCAAGUUAAAGUAUUUGUGCAUUUGCCUUUCGGAGGUUAUUUUCAUGGAGGGAUUCAUGAGGAAGAUUUACAAUUUCAUCAACGGCAUCGAAAUUUUGCACCUCGUUGGGACGUAUGAAAAGGUCGAGGAGGAGGAAGAAGAAGUGUACGAGGUGAUCAACGUUCACAAGUUGAAAUCGGCCACUCCGAAUUUGAAAGUCAUUAAUUUGUAUGGUAUUAACUUUAUCGAUGACAGUCACAUUGACGCCUUCAGUUCUAACUGCAUACAGCUGGAAUGUCUUGCAGUAAACUACUGCUCGAAAGUGACCGGAUCCACGUUGAAGAUUUUGUUCCAUCGCAACAGGAGGCUACGAUGUUUGCUUUUAAACGGAACAAGUUUGCAGAGUGAGUAUUUGAUGCAGGUUGAAUGGGAAAAGUGUCCUCUUCUAGAGUUGGACAUUACCGCGACUGAUUUAAGUAGUGAAGCGUUAACGGAUAUGCUCACUCGACUCCCAGGGCUGAGAUUUUUAAGCGCUGGCCAACUUAACGGUUUCAACGACUCUGUGCUUAAAGCUUGGAUGGAGCAGGGGAACGUUCGUAAUCUGGUCGCCCUAGAUUUAGACUCCUCAGACAAUUUGAGUGACGAUGGAAUGUACAAGUUCUUAUCAAAGUAUGGCCACCAACUUCAAGGGUUGUGCUUAUCCGGAAUGUCAAAUAUUACCGAUACUCUUUGGCAAAGUGUUUUGCCCAUUCUAAAUAAUGCCAAAAUCCUGGUCAUGGGCACUCCAGAACGCUUGGCCGGUAAUGUGCUAAUAGAUCAACUAAUGGAUGGAAUCGCGAGCAAUUGCCCAAAAUUGGAACGUUUGGAGCUGCGAUGGGAUCCUGAGAAUUUGCGUUUUUCAGAUAAAAGUCAAAAGGCCAUUGACACAAUGAGAGUGAAGUGUCUUAAGCUGAAAUCGUUAGUGAUAAGUGAUGGACGUUACUAUGAGAUCGUCAAAGCAAAUUUCGAACGUGCGGAUAGGAUGACUGUAGUGCGAACGCUUACCAAUUGCCGAGUGUCAAAUUAUUAUUUGUUAAGUAAUUAUAAAGAUUUAAUUUUUAAUUAAAAGAUUCAUACAAAAUAUAUUUUCCACACAGA